CUAAGGCAUAUCAAUGCUUAUUUGAAGACUUAUUUGAUGUCAUUGAAAAAGAUACACAAAAGCAAUUUGAAUUUCAGCAUAUUCACGGUCGUGGAUUGGGUUGUAUAAUUGCAGAUGAACAUCAAGGGCAAGCAUUUGGAAAGUAA